CACCCAACAAGCAAAAUGGCGAUCCACAAAACCCAGAGAGGAAAGCCUCUCCAGAGGCCACCUUCUAGAUCUUCCAUUCUUAUAAUCCUUACAGCUACAGUUGGCUGCAUUGCUGUUUUCUACAUUGCAUCUUCUUUCUCUUCCACAAAAGGGUUUUUUUAUUCCAUCACAGAAACGAGUAUACAGAGCAGCAAUGCUAGGAAUCAUAGAGAUUCUGAGAAGUAUUUGUAUUGGGGCAAUAGAAUUGACUGUCCCGGGAAGCAUUGUGAGUCUUGUGAAGGCCUUGGUCACCAAGAGUCCAGCCUCAGGUGUGCUCUUGAGGAGGCGAUGUAUCUUCAGAGAACCUUGGUAAUGCCUUCUAGAAUGUGCAUCAAUCCAAUACACAAUAAGAAAGGGAUUCUUCACCAGUCCAAUGAUGCCAGUUCAGAAGAAAGGUGGGCAGCUAGCUCUUGUGCAAUGGAUUCCUUGUAUGAUCUUGAUCUCAUAUCUGGAACAGUACCUGUAAUUUUGGAUAACUCAAAAGAAUGGCAUCGGGUGCUAUUAACAAGCAUGAAAUUAGGAUCCAGAGGGAUCGCCAAUGUGCAAGGAGUUAGCCGGGAGGAUCUUGGAUCAAAAAGUUCGUAUUCGAAUAUUUUACUCAUAAAUCGAACAGCCAGUCAUCUAUCAUGGUUCAUGGAGUGCAAGGAUCGGAAUAACCGUAAUGCUAUUCUCUUGUCAUAUUCUUUUCUUCCUUCAAUGGCUAGCAAGAAGUUGCGGAAUGCAGCAGAAAAGAUUAAGGUGCUUCUUGGUGAUUAUGAUGCUAUCCAUGUCAGACGAGGUGAUAAACUGAAAACUCGUAAGGAUAGGUUUGGUGUUGUUCGGUCUUUGCAUCCUCAUCUUGACAGGGAUACCCGUCCAGAAUUUAUUUCGUGCCGAAUUGCAAAAUGGGUCCCACCGGGACGAACUCUUUUCAUUGCUUCAAAUGAGAGAACCCCAGGUUUCUUUGCCCCACUUGCAUCAAGGUAUAAAUUGGCAUACGCAUCAAAUUAUAGCAGCAUUUUGGAUCCAGUGGUCGAGAACAACUAUCAACUCUUUAUGGUAGAGAGAGUAAUCAUGACGGGAGCCAGGACAUUCAUUAAAACGUUCAAGGUAGACGACAAUGAUCUUAGCCUCACAGACGAUCCGAAAAAGAAUACCAAGGCAUGGCAGAUACCUGUUUAUACACUGGACAUAAGAGAAUGCUGAUCCAUUUUACUCAUAGUAGAUCCAAAAAAAGUUCUUCCCCUUGAGAUCACUUGUUGGAUGACAAAAUGUCGAGCAGAAUCGCACGUCGAGUGCAACUAGAGGGGAUAGCAUAUCUCUCGUUGAAUUCUUGAUUCUUGCAGCUUCUGCACAAAUUAUGAGUUAUGAAAAUUUUCCUUCUCAGGUGAGCUUAGGGUUGUAUGUUGUGGCUUGACAUUUUCUUUUACAGUGUAUGUAACUUUCUAAAUGUAGCACAAAGGGAGAGCUUUUAGCAUUUGACGUCUUCAAAGAAUGCUUUGAGUGAGUUACCACAUGUUUCCAUAUUCAUUGUAAGAAAUCAUAUGCUUUUAUGGUCUUUUGGAAAUGCUUGCAGAGUUUCUUUCUUCUUGGAAGGAAAAUGCAUUGUUGGAUUAAAUGUUUAAA